CUGAGGCUUAACUUUAAAUGAGCCCAUUUAAAGAAGGUAAAUCAACACUGCUUAUUCUUUGACUCGAUUUAAAACAUGAGUGGGAAAAUCAGAGCAUGCUAUGUUUGUCAGAGGAAUGGUCGUCUAACCUGCAGAAGGACCAGGCUGGGAGAACCCUGUUUAAGAACAUACCCUCUGGAGUGUGUGGAUCUGCUGAGGAGGGCAAGAAUCGCCUUUCAGGCUGGACGCACCCUGAAGGAAGAUUUCAGACUGGCCCAGCUGGAGGCUGUGGUACGAAUGAUAGAGGAGCAUGAGUGUGACUUUGUGGAUGCUCUUGGAAGGGACCUUCAUAAGCCAAGGUUUGAGACGGUCGUUUUUGAGCUGAUCAUGGUUAAGAAUGAGGCUCUUCAUGCCAUCAACAAUCUGAAAAAGUGGAUGGAACCUCAGUCUGUGGAAAAGAAUCUGUCCACAUGCUUGGAUGAGUGUCUGGUGGUCAAUGAGCCACUGGGAGUUGUGUUCAUCAUGGGGACCUGGUGUUGUCCUGUCCAGAUGUGUUUGGUUCCUCUGGUUGGAGCAAUUGCAGCCGGAAACUGUGCUCUCCUCAGUCCCUCUGAGCACACCGUGCACACAGCAGAGCUGCUGCAUCGUCUAAUUCCUUUCUACUUAGAUAAUGAAUGCUUCCAUGUGAUUCUUGCAGGCAUCAGUGACUUGCCUGAGAUCGUGGAGCUUAAAUUUGACCAUGUCUGCUUCUCAGGAAACAGGGAGGAUGGAAACAAGAUAGCUGUGGCUGCAGCUCGUACGCUCACACCAGUCACCCUGAUUCUUGGAGGAAAGAACCCAUGCUUCGUGGACCAGCACUGUGACCUGGCCACCACGGUGCAGCGUAUUGCAUGGGCACGUUUCCAUAAUGCUGGACAGAGCAUAAUGUCCCCCAGUUACAUCCUCUGCCACACAGACGUCAAAGCACGGCUGGUGCAAGCCCUGAAAUGCUGCCUAAUGCAGUUCUACGGCUCUGACCCGCGAGAGUCCCGCAGCUUUGGUCGUAUGGUUAAUCUGGAGGUUUUCCACCGUACAAGAGAGCAGCUUUGGAGAUCUGGCAAGGUGGUUAUUGGUGGACAGGUGACAGAGGCAGAGAAGUAUAUUGCUCCAACAGUUUUGGCAGAAGUGGCGGAAUCGGAUCCCAUCAUGCAACAGGAGGUUUUCGGCCCAGUUCUUCCAAUACUGUCUGUAAAUGAUGUGGAUGAGGCGAUUGCUUUUAUCAAUAAGCAAGAGAAACCUCUCUGUGUGUAUGCAUAUUCCACAAACAAUAAGGUCAUUUCCAGACUCAUGAGUGAGACCUCUAGUGGCAGCUUUUGUUCUAAUGACUGCAUCUUUCAGAGCCUGAUGGUGGCGUUGCCAUUCAGUGGAGUGGGUGCCUGUGGGAUGGGGUCCUUUCAUGGCCGCUACAGCUUUGAUUCCUUCUCACACAGAAAAGCAUGCUUGCUCAGAGGAACGCGCUUUGAGUGCAUCACCUAUCUGCGCUACCCGCCCUAUGAAGACCGCAAUCUGUCUCUGAUGACAUGGGCCUGUACGCUGUCCCAGAAGAGCCAGGGCUGGUGCCAGAUCAUGUGA